UUUUCAUUUUCCUAUGAAAUACGAUUUUGAUAUUCGAUAAAAACUUGUUUCAUUCAGGGUGGAGAUCAGUAAGUUAAGAGGAAGUGCUAAUACUUGACGGUUCACUAUGAAAAGUUUCAUUCUGAUUUCCCUGAUUUGCUUUUUAGCAAUUUCCUCAGCAGAAUAUGAACUUGAUAUAGAUUUUCCUGAUGAAUUUACGUUUGACGAAUUCGCUAAAAAUGAUAUUUUUUCGCCAGAAGUCUUACGUGAACUUAACGAAGAGUUAGAAAAGACUUAUGCGUCUAAUGACAUGGAAAGAAGCAGCGGGCCUAUUGUGGCAGUAAUAAAUGAUUAUGUUGAUAAACUUGUGGCCAACUUGAAUAAUUUCACGUCUACUCGUGGGCUGAAUGAAUUGGAAUUACCGGGUAUUUCAGAGCAGUUUUCAUACAAACCCGUACUUAUUACUUACACUGGUGUAUUAAAUCUGACGGAUGGUAUAUUAAGUGGAAUAUCCACCAUUGUACGCAAAGGAGAUGUUAAAAUUACAUACGAUGAUAAGCAAUUGAGUAUACUAGCACCUGUUGGAAUCCGUUCUUUAUCUAUUAAAUAUAAUUAUGUAGCCAAAUUAAUGAAUAUUGGACCAAAGGGAGGCAUAACCGGAGAUGUAGCAGAAACUACCUUUACUUUUGGACUUGGUUACAAUUUAACGGGACACCGAGCCUCAUUGGACACCUUUAAAAUCAAUAAAAUUGGAUCAAUUAAACUUCGCUUUUCCGGAAAUAUUUUGACCGAUUGGCUGGCAUCGCUUAUAAGCAACAUCACCCUUCCAUUUUUCAAAGGCAUCAUUCGGAGACUUCUUGAGAAAAACGUCUACGGUGUUUUAGAAGAUGUUGUUGAAAUUAUCAAUUCAGCGUUGGAAAAAUUGUUCCAAAAAUCUAUUUAUUGUGACUGCUAUUUCAGAUUGUAUCGGACACAUAUUUUUUCAAUAAUGUACAAAUACGGCGUACUUUUAGGUCUAUUAGCAGCUUGUUAUUCGCUUCCAGAAAACAAAAUUGUAAAAGCUAAUUUUCAGAUUGAUUUAGAAAAUAAAUUUGACGAUGAAAUUAACCAGAAAAUUGCUUACAGAAGGGGGAUACAGGGAAUUGAAAAUGUUGGAUAUUUUAACGAAUUUGCCGACAAGUUACUCAAAAAACUGAAGGAAUAUAUGAAUGAAAACAGCAUGGAUCCAUUUCAGUUACCAGAAGUGAUGGAAAAGUUUGAAAGCCCCAUUAGCGUGAUUCCUAUUGGAGGUAAAUUUAUGUUAACUAAUGGUUGGAUGCAAGGACUUACCACUAUUUACAGAAGCGGCGAUAUAACAAUAAUUUUAAAAGAUAAAUCGGUUACCAUUUCUGUCCCAGUUGCUUUAGAAUAUGUUGUGAUUAAUUAUAAGUAUGGAAUAAAAUUAAUGAACCAAGGACCCGAAGGAUCUGUUAGUGGUAGGAUUAACAAACUUGAAUUUGCAGUGAACAUGGGAUACAAUUUAACUACAGAAAAGUUUUGUUUGACAAAAUUUAAUGUAAGAGAUGCAGGACGCAUUUCUGUUUCAUUUGAUGGUAAUAAACUAACAGACUGGGUUCUCAAUACGGUUUCCGUAAUCACAACGAAAGUUUUUAAACGAACCAUCCUUGAUAUUUUAGAAGGACGAUUGGGGAUAUUAUUUGAAACAGCAGUUGAUGCCCUAAAUGAAAACAACAUCAACAUUACGCUUCCUAUAUCAGCGACUAAUGCUUCCGGAGAAUAUAUUCGCUAUAUCGACACAAAUGCAUUAAAAUAAUCCAAUUCUUGUAUUCCUACAAUAUUGUUUUGGCUAAAAAAGUCAAUAUUGUUGAUCUUACUAUUAAAGCUUCUGAAACAUUACCUGUAA